AUGAUCAAAUCUUCGCUGGUCACAGCCAUGCCAUCCACGGCGUCCAUGAAGCAUGCAAAGACGAAUAAUAACAACAACCAUCCCAUGUACCAUCCUCAUCAUCACAAUCAACAACCAUCUCGACCAUUUUCUCAUCCUUCCUCUUCAUUCAACUCUUCCCACACGACCUCCUCUGCCUCUUACGCUCUUCCAACAACAACAACAACAACAACACAAACUUCCCAACAACAUCGUUUUCCGAGUGCACUUUCAAACUCUCCCUCCCACCAUCACCAUCAUCAAGUUCAUACAACUUCUCUCAACAACAACAACAACAACUCCUCCACAGUCUCCUCCUCCUCCAACAAUGGUGCCACCAACAUUGAUGUCAUGUUUAAGAAAAUUAUGGAAGCCAAAUUUUCAACCACUCUUCAUGAAAUUGAAAAUACUUUUAGUCAAUACGAUUCUCAAUUAUCAUCCACAUUGAGAAAUAUUGAGGAAGAAUUUAGAGAAUUUCUUUCCAAUACCAACUUGAAGAAGAGAUCCAGAAGAGGUAGCUCUUCUCAAGCAGAAUCAAACUCUCCACAAGAUUCAGUUUCUACCGCAGCAAGAGGAGACGUCUAUGGAGAAAAUGAUUCCAAUUCCGUCGAUUGCUCGUCCUCCAAGAAGAGAAAGAGAAGCAAUUUUUCAAAGAAGGAUAAGGAACUUUUGAUUGACUGGCUCCAUCAACAUGCUGAAUAUCCUUAUCCAACAGAUGAGGAAAAGGAAGAAUUAUUGGAAAAAGUGUCCAUGACAAAGGACCAAUUAGAGACAUGGUUUGUGAACAAUCGGAAGAGAUUGCUUCCUACGAAUACUGCUCGAAAAACACCUGCCAUGCUUCAGUGUGAACAAUUUAACAUGAAACUUGAACAAAAGUUGGGUGUGUAA